AUGCUACUGCUGCAAGCCAACUCACCAGCAUUGCUGGCCACUCUCGGAGAUGCAGCCACGAUAGGUGGACUCGACCAGCACCAGCGAAGGCCAAGCGUGAGUGCUGCUGCUGCAAGCUCGUCGGCAGCCGGAGGCGAAGCGGGUCGAAAUAGCUUGUCACAGAAUCAGAAUCAUCUCGCAACCGCCGACGCUGGAACGUCGACGAGCGCGUCUGCCACGGCUUCCAGCUCGAGUGCAGCAACCACGUCGCUCACAUUUGCGCCCCUGCCCGCGGUGGAGCGUGCGCGGUUGUCGCGGGCAUUCCGAAAUUCCUUCUUUGCGGCAGUUGGUGAUUUGGACGAUUGGGACGAGCUGCUGGCCAACAACAACGCGCCGACUCCUGCGAGCCUCGAGGGCAGCAGCAGCAGCAGCAGGGGCACUGAGAGAGACGCCAUCCACCGGCUGGCGACGGCGUCUGCUGCGGGUGGCCACGGUACCGCUGGGACGACCGCGCCAGAUUGGGCGAAUGCGAAUUUGAACAACGACUUGACUCAUCAGGAUCAACAGCGACGUCCAACAAGACAAUCGAGAAGACCAGCAGCCGGCGACUCGUCCAAUCGAGCUUCGCGGGCAUCCAUGCGAAAGAGCCUCAUGCUGCCAGAGCUCGAACGAGACAAUCGCAACUCGUGCAUCUUGUCGCUCGACGAGAUUCAGGCACUCGGGCUGUUUGGCCACGACACGCCCGGAUGGGCGCCGGAUUCGCUCGAGUCGCAGCUGGCCAAGGUGUUUCAGACAAUGCAACGCGAGCAGCAGGCAGGCGUCAAUGUCGAAGACAUGCAGCUGGAGCUGGGUGCCAAUCUCAGCGACAAGUGGCAACUCGUCAUUGUGACCCACAGCGAGACGGUCGAGCAAGCACACACCGCCAGUAUUGUUCAGGAGCAUGUCUCGCAGCAUUGCCACGUGGAAGUCCGACGGCGAUGGCAGCGGGCGUCUCGUGGCGCGACCCCAAGCACUGACCUGUUGUUGGGCGAUGGCGAGGAAGAGGUUAUCGAGUCGCCAGUGGACCCUGAGAAUGACGCUACAGAAGCAGUAGCGGCAGCAGCAGCAGCAGCAGCACUGCAUUUGGAUCAAGACUCGGACGGCGUGUACCAUGGAGCCUUCCGAUUCAAUCUAGAAGACCAACGCGCAGCAUCUCAAACAUCCGGCGGGUUUCCUUCCGCCCUCUCGUCCCGACGCGCCUCUGUCAACCCAACAGGACCCGCCUCAUUCUACCAGACUGUCGUCGAACACGUCCACACGCACACACACACGCAUCAGCACACGCACACGCAUACGCACACGCAUUCUCACACGCAUGUUCACGCGCAUGCGUUCUGGCUGCCAGUGUUGAGCGGUGUGCCUCUCAGGAUCUGA